AUGGUGUAUUACUUUUCCUCCAGUGUCGUGGAGCCGGCGGGCUUCAUUUACGUGGGCAAGGACAAGUUUGAGAAUGAGGAUCUUAUCAAGUAUGGCUGGGAGGAAGAUGUCUGCGCCCACAUCUACCUGCGCAUGCAGCCCGGCCAGACAUGGGACAAUCUGCCCGAGGAGCUGGUCAUGGACCUGGCACAGCUCACAAAGGCAAACUCAAUAGAAGGGAAUAAAAAGGACAACAUCACCGUCAUCUACACGCCCUGGUCAAACCUCAAAAAGGACGGCAGCAUGGACGUCGGCCAAGUCUCCUUUCACGACCAACGAAAAGUCAAGCGCGUCCUCGUCCCCCACCGCGAAAAUCCCAUCGUCAACCGCCUCAACAAGACAAAAGUCGAAAAGAAGCCCGACCUCAAGGCCGAGAGGGACGACAUGCUCAAGGAGCUGCGCAAGAGAGACCAGGCUGCCCAGUUGAUCAAGAAAAAAGAAGAGCAGCGACAGGCACAGGAGUGGAAGGAAAAGAAGUGGCAAAAGGACCAUGCAUAUGAUGACCUGUUUACCGACGAGAACAUGGCCGCGUCGAGUAACCAGGAUCGGGCGGAGGACUGGGAAGACGACUUUAUGUAG